AUGCAUUCGUCCACGAGUGCCUUCAGCAGAUUCAACCACUCUACUCGGCGGGCAGUGGCCCCUCAGAACGACAUCCAGUCGCCGCCCUUCAGUCUGGAAGGCAUCGCUCUCCUACUAGAUCGAGGCAGCCCGACCGACGAUCUCGCGUACCUCACCGCCGACUACUACUCGACUUCUAGUGCCAUCGUGCGCACCAGCGGGGAAACCUCCUGGGACGGAAGACCCUUCCAAAAGAGCCGCUCCUUUCCCAAGGUGAAGCGAGACGGUUCGCUCAAGUCGUGCGUGCAGAACGAGAAGCUCUUGCGACGGACCAAGAGCGUGCGGUUCGCCGACACGCAAGGUCUACCGCUCAUCGAGGCCAUCCACCAACUGAGCGUCGAAGACUCGUCGUACACGGAGAACAAAAUCGUGCCCUACAGCGAAAACUGCGAGUUCCAGCCAGUCCAGCUCGUCUCCUGCAGACAGAGAAAGGAAUCUAAUAACCAGCCGCGGCAGACCUCUGCAAAACAAGUAGUCUCCCCCAAGCCAACGACCAAGCCACCUCACUCCCUUCUUGUCCUGGAGCCCACCACCCCUCCCCCUCUCGUCUCACCUCCACCAGUGAUGCCUGUGAUCAGGCAGCUGUCACCUCCGGCCCCUGCCAGCAGCGGACGAAGAGUGUUCCGGUUUGGCCAGCCCGGUUCGGAACCGGGAUUCUACGACAGGGUCAACCGCGAAUGCAUUGUCUUGGAGAGUGUCCGAGACGAGCCGCGCAUGAUCCGCGGAGUCAUCAGAGUACUGAACAUUGCCUUCCAUAAGGAGGUGAUGGUUCGCUGGAGCCACGACCGAUGGCGCUCCUACCACGACACAAGUGCUGUGUUCUCUGCAAACGAUGGACACACGGACAGAUUCACAUUCGAACUGCCAGCCAACGGCGAAGACAUUGAGUUUGCCCUCCGCUACAAAUGCGACAGGGAAGAGUACUGGGACAGCAAUAGAGGCAAAAACUACAGCGUAGUGAGUUCCUGA